AUGCAGGCAGCUGAUCACCCUGCCACAAAUACUUUCACAGAGUGCAAAUUCCGGUGCACCAAUGGUGUGUGCUUGCCCCUGGACUCGCUCAUCUGCAACCGACAGAACAACUGUGGGGACAACAGUGACGAGGAGAACUGCCCCGCCUCCACCCUCCACCCCCCCUCCACCUCCCUCGAAUCUGAACUGGAGUUUGUUCAGAUAAUAGUCAUAAUUGUGGUGAUGACUGUGAUGGUAGUUGUGAUCAUCUGCUUACUCAACCACUACAGGCUCUCUGCCUGGGCUUUCUUCACCCGUCAGAGCCAAGCCUGCAGACGAGAGGAGGCCAUGCAGCCGGAUGGUUGUGCAUGGCCAGCAGACAGUUUGGUGACACAGCAGGGAGCCACUGAGGUGAUGUAUGGGCCAAGGACACAGGAGCGUUUUAACGCGCCCUCCUUUAUGCAAAGGGACCGAUUUUGCCGCUUCCAGCCCACUUAUCCUUACCUGCAGCAGGAUAUCGACCUGCCCCCCACUAUCUGCCUGUCCGACGGAGAGGAGCUGCCCCCCUACAAGGGCCCCUGUACCCUGCAGCUCCGAGAUCCGGAGCAACAGCUGGAGCUCAGCCGAGCCUCCGUACGCGCCCCGCCAAACCGGACCAUCUUCGACAGCGAUCUCAUAGACGUAUACGUGCAUGGCGGCGGGCCACGCCCACCGAGCAGCAACUCUGGCAAGAGCGCCUCGAACUCACGAAUGGAGGGGCCUCCGCCCACGUACAGCGAGGUCAUGGGCCAGUCGUAUCCCGGCUCGUCAUCCUUCCUUCACCAGCACAGCAAUAACGCCCCGCCCUCCGCGCAGCGGACAGCCAAUCGGACGGGCCAGCCCAGCGGCAGCGCAAGCACAACAGUGUCCGUCAAGGCCAAGGACAGUCGGCGGGAAAAACCGGUGUGACUGGGAGGCAAAAAAAAAGAAGUGGGACGGGAUGAGGGAGGGACUAUGUAUACCCAGGAACCUCCUCUUAUAGCUAAAGGGGCGUGGCCUCCCUCUCAACACGUCCCAUGCACAAAUUUGAACAGAAUUGAGGAACCAAGCUAACAAAUGAUGCUUUUUUUUGUAUUCGUUUUUGUUUUGUUUUCGUUUUUGUUUUCUUUUUCCUCUUGCUAGAACUGUGGGCCUUGCGUUGAUGUUUCGGCUUAUUGGCUAAUUUAUGUACAUUUGUUUCUUUGUUUGAUUUUUGUAUGCUUUUCCUUUAUUUAAAGAGAUAAAAAGAGUGUUGGCACGGAUG